AUGGAUUCUCUAUUCGGACCUUCCCUCGAGACGCGUACAGUGGCAAUCGUGGCCACGACCGUCGUCACGACUCUCUCCCUCGUCUCCCUUGUCCGGCUCGGCCUGUACCCCAAAUGGGGCACCGCCAUCCCCAGCCCUCUCAGGACAAAGAUCCCCGAGCUCACAGGCGAUGAGAUCAAAAAGUUGCCCUAUCGCCCUGAUCAUUUCCCCGGCGCCAGGGACGUCAACACGCCGUAUGGCAUAAUCCGCGUCUAUGAAUGGGGCCCCGCCACGGGCACCAAGGUCCUCCUCGUCCACGGCAUCAGCACAUCCAGCAUGACCCUCGGUCCCAUCGCCCACGCCCUCGUCGCCCGUGGCUGCCGCGUCAUGCUGUUCGAUCUGUUCGGCCGCGGCUUUUCCGACGGCGUCGGCGACCUUCCCCACGACGACCGCCUGUACACCACUCAGGUCCUCCUGGCCCUCGCCUCCUCCCCGCUCGCCUGGUCCGGCACCGACUCCAUCCGGGUCAUAGGCUACUCGCUCGGCGGCGCCGUAGCCGCCGCCUUUGCCGUGUCCUUCCCGCACAUGGUCGAGAGUCUCGUGCUGCUCGCCCCGGCAGGCCUCAUCCGCGCGGAAAAGUUCGGUGCCGCCGCGCGCAUCACGUUCCAGUCCGGCCUCGUGCCCGACAGGAUCCUCGCCGCCAUCACCCGCAAGAGGCUGCAGAAGCCGUUGGCGGCUAAGCGGUCCAACGCCGUGGAGGAGGAGAUCGAUCCCGUGGAGGAGAUCGUCGACGUUGCCGCGGCGGAGGUGUCUUCUCCCGACGGCGGCGAGGACGCGCGGGUCGAGUUGAAGGUGCGCGACUACGUCUCCUGGAUGGUUGCGCACCACGGAGGUUUCGUGCCGGCCUUCAUGUCGUGCGUGCGAUACGCGCCGCUGACGGGCCAGCACAAGACGUGGCGUGCUCUUGGCCAGAGGAAGAAGCGCACCACCGCGGUCUUGAUUGGCCGGACGGACGAGGUUAUUGAUGUAGAACAAUACACGAAGGACGGGUUGCCGUUGUUGGGUGGGGAGGAAAAUGUCUUGUGGAAGGUUCUCCCUGGCGGCCAUGACUUUGUUAUGACCAAGACCGAGCACAUUGUGCGUGAGCUGGAUGCAUUUUGGGGUAUGAAGGCGUCGUCAUAG